AUGCUGUCGCAACAAAAUCUACUCAUCAGUGGUGCUACCGGCAAACAAGGUGGAGCUGUGAUCAGAGCCUUGCUUGCAGACAAGUCGUCCUCGCCCUCCUUCAAGAUCUUCGCCUUGACCAGAAACGCCGCAUCACCUGCAGCCAUCAGCUUGGCCAGUACCUAUCCUCAUAUCACAAUCAUCGAGGGUGAUCUAUCCAACAGCACUGAGAUCUUCAAACGCAUCGGCGAGAAGGUAUGGGGAGUCUUCAGCGUUCAGCUUCCUGGCAAGGCGGAUGCAGAGGAAAAACAAGGAUGUGCUCUUACAGAUGCCGCAAUCGCCGCUGGUGUUGAGAAGUUCGUGUAUUCUUCUGUCGAUCGCGGAGGCGUCAAAAGCGACAACGACGACACCAACGUUCCUCAUUUCGCCGCCAAAGCGCGUGUCGAGCGCCAUCUGAAGACACAGGCUGCAAAGGUUCAUCUCAACUGGACCGUUCUGCGUCCUACCGCCUUUUUCGAUAAUAUGAACCCCGGCGCUUUCGGGUACACUUUUGGUGCCCUCUGGAGUACGAUGCCUGAGAAAGCUCAGCUGCAGUUUGUGUCGACCAGAGACAUUGGCUUNUUCGCUGCGAAAGCGUUCCAAAAUCCAGACGAGUUUCGCAACAAGGCUGUCUCUCUGGUGGGCGACACUCUGACCUUCUCUGAAGGCAACGCCGUCUUCAGUGACGUUGUUGGACGUCCUCUGCCCCGGACGUACUCAUUCGUCGGCAGGGGUUUGAGAUGGGCCGUCCCUGAAGUCGGCAAGAUGUUUGACUGGUUCGAAAAAUCAGGUUACGAUGCUAAAGUGGCCGAAUGCAGAAGGAUGAACCCCGAUAUGCAAGAUUUCAAGGCCUGGAUCAAAGAAAGCAAGCACAUGAGCAAAGCGUAG